AUGGGGUGGGCGAGCAAGGAGAACCCCGAGAGCGUCCGGGUGAAGGCGGAGCGAGGCGAUGGAGAGGAUGAGGAGGCGACGCGGGACGAAGGCUGCGAGAACUGGAGGCGGGAAGGCGGCGGAAUUGGGGAGGAAUGGGGAGAAAGCACCGGCGGCGGGAAUCGGGAUGAGCGGAGCGAAAGCGAGCCCCAAGCGAAAGCCAAAGCCAAGCGGAAGCCCCACAAGUGCGAGGAGUGCGGCCGGGUUUUCAACUGGAGGAACCACCUCGUCCGCCACCGGCGCCUCCACACGGGCGAGAGGCCCUACAAGUGCUCGGUCUGCGGGAAGGGCUUCAACGACGGCUCCCCGUUGCUCAUCCACGAGAUGCUGCACCGGGGCGAGAAGCCCUACAAGUGCUUGGUUUGCGGGAAGAGCUUCAGCCAAAGCUCCCACCUCAUUUCCCACCAAGCGGUCCACACCGACGAGAAACCCUACGUCUGCCCCGACUGCGGGAAGAGCUUCGCCCGGCAGCAAUACCUCCUCAUGCAUCGCCGGGUCCACACGGGCGAGAGGCCCUACGGGUGCCGGGAUUGCGGGAAGAGCUUCCGGAAGAGUUCCGACCUGGUCAGGCACAAGACGGUCCAUACGGGCGAGAAGCCCUUCAAGUGUCCCAUCUGCGGGAAGGGCUUCACCCAAAAUUUCCGCUGUAACGCCCACAAGAAGGCCCACGGCAAGGAGGAGGUCGACCAGCCGACGGCUCCGUCCCGGGACGCCCGGCAGAGCAGCCGGGAGACCGCGGAGCAGCCCCACGAGCCCGGGAAGGGCUUCGCCGACGCCUCCCCCCUCGCGUCCCACCAGCCGGAGAAGCCCGGCGCCCGGCCCGGCCCGGCGAUAAGCCCGGAGCUUUUCCAGCAGAGCCCGCGCCAGGCUGAGAAAUCCCAUCUCUGCUCCGAGUGCGGGAAGGGCUUCACCCGGCGCUUCAACCUCAAGCUCCACAAGAAGCUCCACACCGGGGAGAGACCCCACAAAUGCCCCGAGUGCGGCUUGAGCUUCACCAACACCUCCCACCUCAUCGUCCACCAGCGGAUCCACACCGGGGAGAGGCCCUACCGCUGCCACCUCUGCGGGAAGGGCUUCACCAUGAGCUCCAAAUGCCUGGAACACGAGCGGACCCACACCGGGGAGGCUCCCUACCGCUGCUCCGACUGCGGGAACUGCUACAGGACCAAGGUCUCCUUGAUCUCCCACAUGAAGACGCACGUGGAUUGA